AUUAGAUCAAGUCCUAUGAAGAAAGAUUAUGAAGCUUCCAAGCCUCUGUUAUCAAAGACUGCAUGGGGAUUUAAUUGAAGCAUACAAGUGUACUCAUGGUUUAUGCAAGGUCCCAGAAGGAUUACUAGAAUUUGAAACAAAAACCAACAUGGCUAUGAACUAAAACAACUGCACUGCAACUCGUCCACUGGACAACAUUUCUUCUCAUUUUCUGACUUGUGGAACAGCUUCUCGGAUUACAUCGUUCGUGAUCGUUGAUGCUCCGAGGAUGAAUGCAUUCAAGAACAGACUAGAUAAAGCUAUGGAAAAAUAUGACUUGAAAUGCCUAGCACCAUAUCAAACCUGGUGGAAGUCAAGUAGCUAUUUCAAGCUAGUGUUAGUUUGGAAAAGAUCCGGUCAAAGGACGUGUUUCUAGAUCUCCUGUGGACAAGCCACGAAAAGUACAAGAAUUGGCGACAGGCUACAUCAAGCCUACUCUUCAGCUCCGACAUCACACUAUGUUAUGUUAUGUUAUGUAGUCUUGGCUGAUCAUUAGAAAUAAUGAAAUUAUCCAUCCAGGUCUAUGUAGCUAACAUUUUUUUGUACUUUUUUGAAUUCUCAGCUGCAGUGGUGCAGGACUCUGCCACCCAGCCAUGUGAUCAUCCUAACAUACUCUUCAUCAUUGUGGAUGACUUGAGGCCAUCUGUUGGCUGCUAUGGCGAUAGCUUGGCCAUCACUCCCAGCAUUGAUGCACUUGCUGGAGCUGGAGUCACUUUUGAUUUAGCUUUUGCUCAGCAAGCUUUGUGUGGUCCGAGUCGCACGUCUCUACUUACAUCCCGUCGUCCCGACACCACUGGUGUUGUUGAUGCUCAUCACUACUGGCGAGACACGCACAACUUCACGACCCUGCCACAGCACUUCAAGCAACACGGAUACUACACGGCCUCGGCCGGCAAAGUGUUUCAUCCUGGUCGCUGCAGCAAUUACAGCGAUGACGCGCCCUACAGCUGGAGUGCUGUGCCGUACCAUCCUAGCAGUGAGCAGUACAAGAACUUCCCUGCAUGUGGUCCUCACAAGAACAUGACCAAUAUUGUUUGUCCUGUGCUGGUGCGUGAUCAGCCGGAAAGCACAUUACCUGAUCUCCAGACGACGCACUACGCCAUCUCUUUCUUGCAGCAUUGGAAAAAUGUCCAAAAUGGAGGACAACUAAACGAGAAUUUAAUGCCCACUGACUAUCAUUUUUGGCGUAAAAAUUAUCGUGUACGGCGUCAGAAAGGUUUCAUGAAAGAUAAUAAGGAAAGUGUUUCUCUUACGAAUACAAGGUACCUAAAAAGAACUACAGAAUAUGAUCUUUUCAAUAUUGACGGUAAAAAGGAAAUGACGCGACGAGCAUUUCAGCGUCAGAAGACGAAAUGUACGAGACAGACAGACCAAACAAGAAGGAAAUUCCUGUCUUCUAAAAAUGAGAGUCAUGGUGGUUGUCAGCCAUUUUUCCUGGCGGUUGGAUACCACAAGCCACAUAUUCCUCUGAAGUUUCCGCGAAGGUUCCUAGAAUUAUUUCCGCUGCCUGAGGUGCCGCUCCCUCCUGACGACCGCCUACCCCCAGGCCUGCCCUCGGUUGCGUACAACCCCUGGAACGACCUACGCUGGCGAGACGACGUAGCCGCUCUCAAUCUCAGCUUCCCAUACCAACCCAUGCCUGAUGAUUACUCCAGGUUGAUACGUCAGGCUUACUAUGCGGCUACAGCAUACACUGACUCCCUCAUCGAGAACCUUCUCUCUGCUACCAGCCUUCUUCAUCCACACACUUUGGUGGUGCUUAUGGGGGACCACGGCUGGUCCUUGGGUGAGCAUCAAGAGUGGUCGAAGUUCAGUAACUAUGAAGUAGCAACAAGAGUACCGCUGGUCAUGGCGCCGAUAUCUCGGUACGCGCAAGCCAAACACUCGCUCAUGACCGACCAACGCAACCCCAAGUAUAACAGGUACAAAACGUAUCGCAAACUCGGCGAGAAACUUCUCAGUCGUCUGCACAAAUGGCCUGGAAGUGUGAGGGUCAAUUACGAACAAUAUUGGAAAGACAAAAACGGGGACGAAGUUAAGAUGCAUUCAAGAAGCUUCAAUUUUUAUGGAUGGCUUAAGAAGCACAUGCUUCAUGAUUUUCGUAAAUUAUCGGGAGUUGAACAAAGCAGAAAUUUCCACGGAGAUGUCAAAUCUACUCUGGAUGUAAAGUCUGUCGUUGAUAAGGGACGAAAAAUUUGGCUAAAUUUAAAAGAAAACUAUACCUACACUGGGUUAGUUGAACUCGUCGAUGUCUUCCCUACGCUGGCAGAUUUGGCUGGCAUUUCUAAAGUUCCUCCUUGUUCCUUUGAUUGGAUGACUUCUAGAUUCAAUGAAGAUUAUAUUCGUUCUCGUAACAAUAAAUACUGCAAUGGUUCUUGUGUCUGUGACCGAAUCAAUUUCAAAAAUGUUUCGAUUGAUGUUAAACAUGCAAACUGUUCGGAAUGUUGCCAUGUGCGGGAUAAAACUAGCAACCUACGUCUCAGUCAUGCAAGAUCAAUAAUCCAACAAAAACUGUUGGUCAAGUUUUAUAAAGCCAUGAACCGGCACCACAAACUACCAUUUCCUUUUUAUAAUUCUUCCCUGCCUGACAAUAAUUAUUUUGCUCAAACAGACAAAACUAAUUUUUACCUCAUAGCCUCGAAAUUCAUGAGAUCAUCUUCUCUUAACUGGAAAUUUCCACAUUCUACUGCGAAGACGUGUACCGAGGGCAGAAGUGUGGCGCCGUAUAUUGUUGACGAGGCUGAUGCUCAAGAAAGCGAGGAUGUAAGGCUAAAUAGACAGAGAAAUUCGAAGAUAAAACUCGCAGCGUCUGACGUCAGCGCGAUACGACCAGUUUCGCGCGUUGUCGAUUUAGGCCGGUGCCUAAAAGAUAUGUUGCAAGGAAAGCUUGCCAUCUCCCAGUACCCCCGACCUAGUCUCUCGCCAUCACAACAUCCCGACUCCGACCAGCCCAAGCUUAAAGAAAUCAAAGUGAUGGGUUACUCGAUGCGGUCACACUGCUUCCGCUACACGCUGUGGGUUGCCUACAACUGCACCACACAAGUACCAGAUUUUGACGAUAUCGCUGGAGAAGAACUUUACGACCAUCGGUUUGAUCCCAGAGAAGAUCACAACAUUCUUCGCUUAAUCUAAUCCUCACACAUCCAUAGCCUCGGCGAUCUCCAGGUCCAAAGAUGAUGUAGUUGUAUUUUUUUAGCAGAAGUGGCGUGGAUGAUAAUGAACUUUUUACUUUUUUUUGUUAUUGCAACGUAGAAUUAUUAUUACCCCAGGAGACUUUUAGCAAUUAAUCGAAAUCGCGACGUUGCAUAACGCGAAAUUAUUUUUUCCCAUCUAUUUUUAAUUAUCCUGCAGUGUUAUUGGUUGUGGUAAGAAAUAGCUGGUUUUGGAUAUUUUUAUUUGUAAAAUCACACUCCCAAGAAAAAAAAUCAAUGACGACUUUUCUUGAAUAUACGAGGAGCGGAAAAUAAAUACGGAAAGCAGGCAGCAGCACAACAAUUUCUAAAAGACUAUGCUUUUUGUUAUUCGUAAUUUUCAUAGAUUUUUUUAAUAACUUAAAAUUUGUUUACAGAAGGUUGAAUGUGGUUUCAAAAAGUUAUAAGAUAAUAUCAGUUGCAGUUUCAAGUUUUCUCUGUAUAAAACUGAAUUAUUGAUUCUUCAAAAGUAUCGGGUGGGAUUAUAAUGCAGAAGUUAAUAAAAAUUGUGCACAGCAAAUGGAUUGUCAAAAUUUUUAUUUUUAAGCCAGCCCAGCUAUCCAUGGUGCAUUCACACUUGAAAUCGAGGUGAAUCGACGUUAUCUUUUUAAGCUAGCAAAUGAAGUUGCUCAAUUCAAAAUUCCAUAAUAAUUCACUUAGAAUUAGAUUAGUUCCUAAAUUAGAGUUAACUAAACCGUCAACCAAACAAGGCCAUGCAGGAAUCGCUUUCUGACAAAGUUAUCUUGCACUUGGAAUAAAUACUUUCAGUAAUUUAAAUAAAAUACAAUAAUUCAAAUGGGCGGUAAGAGCCAAAACAAGUUAGAUACAAAUAAUACGAAACAAAUAAGUUCCACUUCAUAAGGCUAUCUUAUCGAACAAAUAUUGAAUGCAAUUCCUUAAAAUCGCUGAAGGAAUAUUAUUGAAAAUGCAACCCUCGUUCAUGAAGGCACUCAGAAGAGUAAAUGGGUCAUAUUAUCCUAACAGUGACAGUCGCAGACCAACCGCACGAACUAAGAGCAGUCGUACCACUAACUGAUGUGCCCUUUAACUGGGCCAAACUGAGUUGGAAUGACCCGCACAAUAGCGAAAAGUGCAUCGUUAUUUGGUCCAAAUAUCGCUCACUUCUCUGAGUGUCGGAAGGACGAGAGCGAUUUGGUCACGUAAAUUGGGGAUGCCCAAUAGUGUAAUGUGUUAAGCAAUGCACUCAAAAAAAUUACUCUAGUGCCAUAACUGCAAGUCAAUUUAUACCUCGCUUGAAGGUACAAAUGUGAACUUUCGAUCAUUCGUCAAUCUAUGCAAAAUGAAUGCCCUAGAUAAGCACCGACAUCUCUUGCGUUUCAUUGCGUUAUUUAUCUCUUGCGUUUCGAUGGGCAUCAGAUGCUCCAGUUGAACCAUGAUCAACAUAAUAAUCAAUGAACGUUAGUUUCGUGCACAAAUUAACACUAAUGAAGUUAAUAAAUAAUGCACAGUAA